AUCAGAAUUUGCCGUAAAGGUUUCCCCAACAGAACCCUUCACCCUGACUUCGUCCAACGUUACGCUAUCCUUGCCGCCAAGGAAGCCAAGUCUAGUAAAGAUCCUAAGGUUGCUGCCGGAAACAUCUUACAAUCUCUUGUCGGAAAGAAGAGACUUGAUGAGGAACAAUUCAGAAUUGGUCACACCAAAGUUUUCUUCAAGGCUGGAGUUGUAGCUCACAUGGAAGACUUGCGUGACGAGAAACUCAAUGAUAUUAUCACUGGAUUCCAGUGUGCCCUCAGAGCUUACACUUCUCUCUGUGACGCAGCUGAUCGUAAGCGUCAAUUGAACUCUUACAUCGUGCUCCAGAGAAAUAUCCGUUCCUGGUGUAUUCUUCGUACCUGGGACUGGUUCUUACUUUUCGGUAAACUCAAACCACAACUCAAGUGUGGAAAGAUGGCCGAAGAAAUGGGCAAGAUGGCUGAACAGCAAAAAUCACUUGAAGCUGCCGCAAACAAGCUCGAAGCUGAACGCAAGGCUAAGGAAGAAGCUUACAAUAAGUUGAACUCUGAUAAAUCUAAGCUAUUGGAACAACUCGAAAUGACCAAGGGAGGUUCAGCCGCAAUUGAAGAAAAGCUUACUCGCCUCAACGGAGCCAAGCAAGAACUCGAGAAAGGAUUGAACGAUAUUGGAGAUCGUUUAUCUGAGCAAGAAGAUAGAAAUGCUGAUCUUGAGAAACAACGCAGAAAGGCUCAACAAGAAGUUGAAAAUAUGAAGAAGAACAUCGAAUCUGUUGAUUCCAGUUUAUUGAAAUCUCAGGAAGAGAAGCUAGCCAAGGAAAACCAAAUUCGUUCACUCCAAGAUGAAAUGAACGCCCAAGAUGAGUCUGUCGGUAAACUCAACAAGGAGAAGAAACAUUUGGAAGAGGUUGCUCGUCAACUUGUUGAUGACUUGCAAGCUGAGGAAGCUAAGAUGGCUCAAGCUAACCGAUUAAAAACUAAGCUUGAACAAACUUUAGAUGAAAUGGAAGAGUCUGUUGAUCGUGAGAAACGUAUUCGUUCUGACACGGAGAAGGCCAAGAGAAAGGUAGAAUCCGAACUCAAGGCUGCCCAAGAAAACCAGGAAGAAAUGACUAAGAUCAAACAGGAAGCCGAAGCUUCAUUGAAGAAGAAGGAAGCCGAUAUGCACGCUUUGAGCGUACGCAUUGAAGACGAACAAGCCAUGGCCAACAGAUUGACCAGACAAUCAAAAGAAAAUGCUGCUCGUAUCAUCGAAAUUGAAGAUGAACUCGAGCAUGAACGUCAAACUAGAGCUAAAGCUGAUCGCGCCCGUGCUGAACUUCAACGUGAACUUGAUGAUCUCAAUGACCGUUUGGAUGAACAAAACAAUCAUAUGCAAGUUCAGCUUGAAUUAAACAAGAAGAAGGAUUCUGAACUCAUCAAGAGCCGUCGUGAUUUGGAGGAGAAGAAUAUGAACCACGAAGAUCAACUCGCUUCUAUUCGCAAGAAGAACAAUGACACCAUAGCCGAUUUGACUAAUCAAUUGGAUGGACUUCAGAAAAACAAAGCCAAAAUUGAUAAGGAAAAGGGAACUCUCCAGAAGGAAUUAGAUGAUCUCUGUGUCCAAGUCGAUCAAGAAACUAAGGCUCGUGUCGAACAGGAACGUCUCGCCAAGCAAUAUGAAAUCCAAGUAGCUGAGCUCCAACACAAAGUUGAUGAACAAUCUCGUCAAAUUGCUGAUUACACUAGCUCAAAGGGACGUCUUGCCAACGAUAAUGGAGAUCUCCUUAGACAAGUCGAAGAACUUGAAGUUCAACUUGGAACACUCAACCGUUCUAAGGCUGCUCUUAACAGUCAGUUGACUGAAGCCAAGAAGGCUGCUGAGGACGAAACACACGAACGUCAAGACCUCAACGCCACCUGCAAGAACUUGGAACAUGAAAUCGACCAAUGCCAUGAACAACUUGAAGAGGAAAUCAAUGGCAAGGACGAUAUUCAAAGACAACUUAGCCGAAUCAACUCCGAAAUUUCUCAAUGGAAGGCCAGAUAUGAAGGAGAAGGACUUGUUGGAGCUGAUGAACUCGAAGACUUGAAGAGAAAGCAAAUGGCACGUGUUAUGGAUCUCCAGGAAGCUCUUUCUGCUGCUCAAAAUAAGGUCAUUUCUCUUGAGAAGGCUAAAGGCCGUCUUCUUCAAGACACUGAGGACGCUCGAUCAGACGUUGACAGACAUCUCACUGUUAUCGCCUCUCUUGAGAAGAAACAAAGAGCCUUCGAUAAGAUUGUCGAAGACUGGAAGCGUAAAGUUGACGAUAUCCAGAAAGAAAUUGACGCAACUACCCGCGAUUCUCGCAGCACCUCAACUGAAGUCUUCAAACUUCGCUCAGCCAUGGACAACCUUACCGAGCACAUUGAAACUCUCCGCAGAGAAAACAAAGGAUAUUCUCAAGAAAUCCGUGAUCUCACCGAGCAAAUCGGACAAGGAGGACGUACAUACCACGAUGUUCAGAAAUGCGUCAAGCGCUUAGAACAAGAGAAAGAAGAACUCCAACACGCUCUUGACGAGGCUGAGGCUGCUCUCGAAGCCGAAGAAUCUAAGGUUCUCAGAUCUCAAAUCGAAGUUCAACAAAUUCGGUCUGAGAUUGAGAAGCGCAUCCAAGAGAAGGAAGAAGAAUUUGAAAACACCCGUAAGAACCACCAACGUGCUCUUGAAUCCAUCCAAGCUUCCUUGGAAACUGAAACCAAGAGCAAGGCUGAACUUCUCCGUGCUAAGAAGAAACUUGAAAGCGACAUCAACCAACUUGAAAUCGCCCUUGAUCAUGCCAACAAAGCCAACGUUGAUGCUCAGAAGAACCUUAAGAGAUUGUUCGAUCAAGUCAAAGAGCUCCAAUCUCAAGUUGACGAAGAACAAAGACGACGUGAAGAAAUCCGUGAGAACUAUCUUUCAGCUGAGAAACGCCUUGCUGUUGCUUUGGCUGAGUCUGAUGACUUGUCUAACAGAAUCGAAGCCGCUGAGAAGCAUAAGAAGCAACUCGAGAUUGACCAAGGUGAGCUUAAGUCUCAAAACACGGAACUUGUUGCCAACAACGCUGCCUUAUCCGCCAUGAAGCGUAAGGUUGAGAAUGAUGUCCAAAUUGCCAGAAACGAAUUGGAUGACAUCCUCAACGAGUUGAAGGUCUCUGAGGAACGUUCACGUAAGGCUGCCGCCGAUGCUGACCGUCUUUCCGAAGAAGUUCGUCAAGAACAAGAACAUGCUAUGCAUGUUGACAGACAACGCAAGGGACUUGAGCUUACUGCUAAAGAAUUGCAACAGAAGAUCGACGAUGCUGAACGCGCCAUGGCUCAAUUUGGACAGAAGGCCCUCUCUAAGGUUGAAGAACGCAUCCGUGUGCUCGAUGCCGAGUUCCAUUCCGAACAACGCCGUCACCAAGAAUCCAUCAAGGGUGUUGUCAAGCAAGAGCGUCGCGCCCGUGAACUUCAGUUCCAAGUUGAAGAAGAUAAGAAGGCCUUCGACCGUCUCCAGGAAAUGGUAGAAAAGUUGCAACAGAAGAUCCGCGUACAAAAGAGACAAAUUGAAGAAGCUGAAGAAGUAGCAACGCAGAACUUAUCUAAGUUCCGACAGAUACAAUUAGCUCUCGAGAAUGCGGAAGAACGUGCCGAAGUAGCUGAGAACAGUCUUGUUCGUAUGCGUGGACAGAAGCGAGUAUAA